AUGAAACAAAGAUCUUCCCAUGAUGAAACAGAGGAUUCCCAUGAAACAGAGGAUUCCCACAAAAGAGAGGAUUCCCACGAAACAGAGGAUUCCCAUGAUACAGAGGAUUCCCACGGAACAGAGGAUUCCCAUGAUACAGAGGAUUCCCAUGAUACAGAGGAUUCCCAUGAUACAGAGGAUUCCCGUGAAACAGAGGAUUCCCACGAAACAGAGGAUUCCCAUGAUACAGAGGAUUCCCAUGAUACAGAGGAUUCCCACGAAACAGAGGAUUCCCAUGAUACAGAGGAUUCCCACGAAACAGAGGAUUCCCGUGAAACAAAGAUUUCUCAUGAAGCAGAGGAUUCCCAUGAAACAAAGAUUUCUCAUGAAGCAGAGGAUUCCUAUGAAACAGAGGAUUCCCAUGAAACAGAGGAUUCCCAUGAAACAAAGAUUUCUCAUGAAGCAGAGGAUUCCCAUGAAACAGAGGAUUCCCGUGAAACAAAGAUUUCUCAUGAAGCAGAGGAUUCCCAUGAAACAGAGGAUUCCCAUGAAACAAAGAUUUCUCAUGAAGCAGAGGAUUCCCAUGAAACAGAGGAUUCCCAUGAAACAGAGGAUUCCCACGAAACAGAGGAUUCCCACAAAACAGAGGAUUCCCACGAAACAGAGGAUUCCCAUGAUACAGAGGAUUCCCAUGAUACAGAGGAUUCCCACGAAACAGAGGAUUCCCAUGAUACAGAGGAUUUCCAUGAUACAGAGGAUUCCCAUGAUACAGAGGAUUCCCACGAAACAGAGGAUUCCCACGAAACAGAGGAUUCCCACGAAACAGAGGAUUCCCAUGAUACAGAGGAUUCCCACGAAACAGAGGAUUCCCAUGAUACAGAGGAUUCCCACGAAACAGAGGAUUCCCACGAAACAGACGAUUCCCAUGAUACAGAGGAUUCCCGUGAAACAGAGGAUUCCCACGAAACAGAGGAUUCCCAUGAUACAGAGGAUUCCCGUGAAACAGAGGAUUCCGGUGAAACAGUGGAUUCCCAGGAUUCCCCUGAAACAGUGGAUUCCCGUGAAACAGAGGAUUCCUAUGACAGAGGAUUCCAUGUCAUGACACAGAGGAUUCCCAUUAAACCAGAGGAUUUCCGUGAAACAGAACCAGAGGAUUCCGUGAAACAGAGGAUUCCCAAUGAACAGUGGAUUCCCGUGAAACAGAGGAUUCCCCUGAAACAGUGGAUUCCCGUGAAACAGAGGAUUCCUAUGACAGAGGAUUCCAUGUCAUGA